UUUCUGUACGAGUCAAGCGAUCAUUGAUAAAGACUUAAGCGUUUACACAACACAGACAUCAAUAGAAAAAUGGCGGACGACGAAGGCGACAAUUUUGAUGAGGAUUUAGAAGAAGUAGAAGAUGAAGAACCUCUGGACGAACCUAUCAGUCAGCCACAAGACCAAGUUGAAGUGCUGUCCUCUGAUGCGGGGCUGGCAGUUCCACCCGAGAAGAGGAUCACUACACCUUACUUGACUAAAUAUGAGAGAGCAAGAGUCCUUGGGACAAGAGCACUUCAGAUAGCAAUGUGUGCACCUGUGAUGGUAGAAUUGGAAGGAGAAACUGAUCCUUUGCUUAUUGCCAUGAAAGAAUUAAAAGCGAGAAAGGUUCCACUCAUCAUUAGACGAUAUCUUCCUGAUGGAAGUUUUGAGGACUGGGCAGUAGAUGAACUUUUCAUGACAGAAUAAGAGAACCACUUGAAAGCAAUUUUCAUUUUCAUACGAGUGAAAGGAAGGAAUGUGUAGUCGCAGCAGUACAAUGAAGAGAAAGAGAAUAUUAAAAUAGAAAGAGAAACAUGAGUGGAAGACGAAUGAUGUUGGGAUCAGAGAGUACAGAAGACGAAUGAUGUUUGGAUCAGAGAGUACAGAAGAAAGUUCAGUAAAUGGUACUGUUUAUGUGUAAUCCUGUCCAUUUCAUUUUAAAUGUGAUUUUGUAUCUAUGUAAGAAUUAAAACUUUUAAUAACA